UUCAAAAUUGAUCCCUCCGCAAAAAACCAUUGUAGAGAGAGAAACAUUUGCAUAUAGAGAGAGAAACGACAUAUCCCAACCAUUACUGGAGAGAGGAAGAAUUUCAGCGAUAGAGAGAGAAACUACAAAUCCACAACUAUUCUAGAGGGAGAAGAUACAUAUAGAAGGAGAGAGAAGAAAAUUAUAGAGAGAGAAAGUGUAUAUAGAGAGAGAUUGUCUUCGUAUGGAGUAAUGCAUCAGAAGAAAUCUGAAGUUCAGAUCGGAAAAGAAAGCAGCGGCGUCUCUUCCGAUUUCAACCCAAUACCGCCCCUUCUCUUCCCUUCCUCAAUCCACCAAAAACAUCCCCAACAAUCCCACAAUUUCCAAUCAAAUCCUCUCUCUCUACACCCUUCAUCAUCAGACCCAAACCCUCAAAUUCUCAUCAACCUAACACAGACCCAAAAUGACCCAAUUGCUCCCAACUCAUCGUCGACGUCUACACCGAAAAGUACUCCUCACAAGAGACCUCUCAUGACCCAAACCAACCCAAACCCAUCUUCAUCUUCUGCCAAUUCUCUCAUCAAAUCACCCACUUUGUCUAGUCUUCAUCAAGACCCAUUUUCUUCAAACCCUCCAUUGAAGAUUCACUACCCAUAUCGGUUUCCAAACCCUUCGAAGACAAAAGCCGCCGCCCUUCAACUCCUCCGCCAUAUCCGUCGCCUCCGCGUCCACCUUCGUCUCAUUCUGCUCUUGUCUCUCCCAUUUUUCUACUUCUUGGUUUCGCAUCCAAGUCACUCAUUUGUUCUAGAUUUUCUCUCAGCUUUCGCCUUCUCUGCAGCUCUGUUGUUCUCUCUCAAUCUUGCACUACCACGCCUUCCCUCGAUUCGCCUAUUCCUUGCCCGUUCGUUCCCGGUCAAGCUCUCAUCGGGUAACCGGGUUCCGAGACCACAUUUGCCAGUUUUCUGGUCAAUUGGGUCGAAGCCAAAGUCUGAUAAACGGGUGAAUUCCGGGUGUUGGGUUCAGGCUUAUAGCAAUGGGGACGUUUAUGAGGGCGAAUUUCAUAGGGGAAAGUGUUCAGGUAGUGGGGUUUAUUAUUACUACAUGAGUGGGAGGUAUGAGGGUGACUGGGUUGAUGGCAAGUAUGACGGAUAUGGAGUGGAGACUUGGGCGAGAGGAAGCCGGUACCGGGGACAAUACAGGCUAGGCCUUAGGCAUGGGUUUGGGGUUUAUAGGUUUUAUACAGGUGAUGUUUAUGCUGGGGAAUGGUCAAAUGGUCAGAGUCAUGGGUGUGGUGUUCAUACCUGUGAGGAUGGUAGCCGGUAUGUCGGGGAAUUCAAGUGGGGCGUCAAGCAUGGGCUUGGUCACUACCAUUUCAGGGUUUCCUUUGAUAGAUUAAGUUCUAUCAUUGGGUUCAUCAUACAUUAUUUUGAACAUGUUCGAAUUUUAAAGUUUUGGAUUUCUUUGCUGGUGAUUUUGGAGUGUGUGAUGGAUGCUUGGAGUUUGAAGAUUAGAUUACACAGAAACGGGGACACGUAUGCUGGAGAAUAUUUUGCAGACAAGAUGCAUGGGUUUGGAGUGUAUCGAUUUGCAAAUGGGCAUCAGUAUGAAGGAGCCUGGCAUGAGGGUAGAAGGCAAGGACUUGGAAUGUACACUUUCAGAAAUGGAGAAACCCAAUCUGGGCACUGGCAAAAUGGGAUUCUCGACGUCCCAAGUACACAGAACAUCACCAAUCCUGUAUCUCCUGUUGCUGUUUAUCAUUCCAAAGUGUUGAAUGCAGUACAGGAAGCAAGACGAGCAGCAAAGAAAGCCUACGAUGUGCCCAAGGUGGAUGAAAGAGUGAACAGGGCAGUUGCAGCAGCUAAUAGAGCAGCCAAUGCAGCUAGAGUAGCAGCAGUAAAAGCUGUUCAAAAACAAAUGCAUCACAGCGGCAACGAUAAUGACAUUCCAAUGCCUGUUGGAUAAUACUGUUUCUAGACUAACUACCGGAGCAACCAUUGGGCUUCUACAACAGAAAACAGCUGCAAGAGGAUGAAGCUUUUCUGAUUUCAGAUCAAACAGCACUUCAUCUCCUUUAGAAUCAUUAUCUUUUCAAUUCUACUUUUCUCCGAGAAGAUGUAAUAUGAGGUGCCCUCCUUUUGGAACCUGUUUUCUGAAUAGAUGAGCAGCUUGGUGGUUCUUUCCUUCUCUAUUUGAGAGAGAUUGAGAGAGAGAGAGAGAGAGAGAGAGAGGUUCUUUUUAAUGUUACUUUUUCCUUUUUUGGCCUGUUUUUGUAAAGUUAGCUAGUUGUAAUAUAAGUGCUGGUGUCUAGGGAAUGCAUCAACCAGCUGGUGUUGUACGUAUAAUAAUGACGUGGAAAAUGAACUGUUGUUGUAACAUCACUUAAUUAAGGAACUAAUUUUACAAGCCUUCUGUAACAUCACUUACUGAAGGAACUAAUUUUACAAACCUCUCGGUGUAAUUCAUUACACUGAUGCCAACGGAUUCUUUACUUUAUGAGAAUGGGAUAAUACUUACA